CACGUGACGCAAGCCAUGGCGGGCGCGAGCACCUCGAAGGACGCAGUCGACGCGGUGGAGAAGUGGAUGGCGUUCCCGUCCGGGCCCGGCGAGGAGGAGCCCAGCUUCACCCUGCCCACGCCGCCGUCGCUGCUGUCCGGCUCCACCGGGAAGGAGAUCGUGGAGGAGGCGGGCGGCUCGGACGGCAAGCAGCAGGGGUGGUGGCCGAAGCCGCCGGAGCAGCAGCAGAACCGCGGGCGUCCCAGCGGCAUGGGCAGCGCCAAGUCGUCCAUGGAGGGCCGCGCGUCCUACGAGGCGCUGCCGCGGGUGUCGCAGGAGCUCAAGGACGCGCUCUCCAACCUGCAGCAGACCUUCGUCGUCUCCGACGCCACGAGGCCCGACAUCCCCAUCAUCUACGCCAGCGCCGGGUUCUACACCAUGACCGGGUACUCCGCCAAGGAGAUCAUCGGACGCAACUGCCGGUUCCUCCAGGGCCCCGAGACGGACCAGAACGAGGUGUCCAAGAUCAGGGACGCCGUCAAGGCCGGCAAGAGCUUCUGCGGCCGCCUGCUCAACUACCGCAAGGACGGCACCCCGUUCUGGAACCUCCUCACCGUCACCCCCAUCCGCGACGACAACGGCAAGGUCAUCAAGUUCAUCGGGAUGCAGGUGGAGGUGAGCAAGUACACGGAGGGGCUGAGCGACAAGCGCAUGCGGCCCAACGAGCUGCCGGUGUCGCUCAUCCGCUACGACGACCGGCAGAAGGAGAAGGCCAUGUCGUCGAUGACGGAGGUCGUGCAGACAGUGAAGACGCGGCGCGCGGACUCGCCGGAGCGCGAGCCGCCAAAGCCCAGCGACGCGGACAAGAUGCUCAUAGCCAGCUCGCCGCUCGUUGCCCCGGCCACGCCGUCCGGAGGCGGCUACAAGUCGCCCCACUGGGACCUCAAGAAGGAGGAGUCGCGGCUGAGCAAGAUGAUGAGCGGCCGCAAGUCCGGCCGCUCCUCCCUCAUGGGGUUCAAGGUGGGGAAGAGGAGCUCGGUGGGGAACAGGGAGCCGGCGGUGGUGGAGGCGCCGGAGGUGAAGAUGACGGUGGAGCGCACCAACAGCUGGGAGCGCGCGGAGAGGGAGAAGGACAUCAGGCAGGGGCUCGACCUGGCCACCACGCUCGAGCGUAUCGAGAAGAACUUUGUCAUCACGGACCCCAGGCUACCCGACAACCCAAUUAUCUUCGCGUCUGACAGCUUCCUGGAGCUGACGGAGUACACGCGAGAAGAGAUCCUGGGGAGGAAUUGCAGAUUUCUUCAAGGGUCGGAGACCGACCAGACCACUGUUGACAAGAUCAGGGAGGCCAUUAGGGAGCAGAAGGAGGUCACCGUCCAGCUAAUUAACUACACCAAGAGCGGGAAGAAGUUUUGGAACUUGUUCCACCUGCAACCUAUGUGGGAUCAGAAGGGGGAGCUUCAAUACUUUAUUGGCGUGCAACUUGAUGGAAGUGAUCAUGUCGAACCCCUCAGGAACCGUCUCUCAGAGACCACUGAGUUACAGAGUGCAAAAUUGGUCAAAGCUACAGCAGGGAAUGUGGAUGAAGCAGUCAGGGAGCUUCCUGAUGCCAACUUGAGACCAGAGGACCUGUGGGCUCUUCACUCACUAUCUGUUUCCCCAAAACCUCACAAACGGGACAACUCUUCUUGGAAAGCUAUAGAAAAGAUUGUAGAAACUGGAGAGAAGAUUGGCUUGAAGCACUUCAAGCCUGUAAAACCUCUGGGAUGUGGUGACACUGGCAGUGUACACUUGGUUGAAUUGCAAGGUAGUGGUGAAUUAUUUGCAAUGAAGGCAAUGGACAAAUCAGUGAUGUUAAACCGCAACAAGGUACACCGAGCUAUUAUCGAAAGAGAAAUAUACUCUCUAUUGGAUCAUCCUUUUCUCCCCACAUUGUAUACUUCCUUUCAGACGCCAACACAUGUUUGUCUCAUAACAGACUUUUGUCCUGGAGGAGAAUUAUUUGCGGCACUUGAUAAGCAACCCCUGAAAAUUUUCAGAGAAGAAUCUGCAAGGUUUUAUGCUGCAGAGGUUGUGAUCGGUCUCGAGUAUCUUCAUUGCCUUGGCAUUAUAUACCGUGAUCUGAAACCAGAAAAUAUUUUGCUCCAAGCUGAUGGGCACAUUGUUCUGACUGAUUUUGAUCUCUCAUUCGUGACUUCUUCGAAACCCCAUGUUCUAAAGCAUUCCACAUCAUUAAAACGAAGGAGAUCCAAAGAAUUUCUUCCCCCUUCAGUUGUCGCAGAUCCUUCCACUCCAUCAAAUUCAUUUGUUGGAACAGAAGAGUACAUUGCUCCGGAGGUCAUCACAGGUGCAGGACAUACAAGUGCCAUUGAUUGGUGGGCUCUUGGAAUUCUAUUGUAUGAGAUGUUGUAUGGGCGUACACCUUUCCGAGGAAAGAACAGGAAGAAGACAUUUUAUAACAUCCUCCACAAAGAUCUUACGUUUCCUAGUAGUAUCCCGGUUAGCCUGGAGGCUAAGCAAUUAAUCCAUGGACUACUUCAGAGAGAUCCUUCCUCCCGCAUUGGUUCAAAUACUGGCGCAAAUGAUAUCAAGGAGCAUCCAUUCUUCGAAGACAUCUAUUGGCCACUUAUACGUUGCAUGAGCCCCCCGGAGCUUGAUGUUCCAUUGAAACCAAUUGGCAAGGAAACUCUACCCCAAGUAAAGCCCGAUGAAGGUGUCGUUGAUACAUUUUAAGGUGAAUAUAGCGCACGGACAGAUUGUGGUGCCCAUGGGGUAGAAAUGGUUGUUCUUAACCAUGUACAAUUGCUUAAGAUGCUUUGCCUGUCCUGCAGGAGUGCAGGACUGAAGGAAGUAUGCCAGUAUGGUAUUCACUAUUCAGUGUUUUCACUUGGAGAUGCCUCGUGAUCUUGUACAUGUUCUAUUCUUUUCGGUAGAUUAUUAGGAGCUUAAUUAAUGCAUCACGUAAAUAGGAUAUUCCUGUAAAGUUACACUCAUGGAGAUGGUUAGAAAGAGGAUGUACCCGGCAUGGUUAAUAUACUUCCAAAUUGCUUCUUCGGAAUAAAUCUUGUAUUUGCGAACCA